GCGUUAGUUCUUUUGCUCGUAUAUCAAUACACUACAGCGCCAUGUUACCGGCACCGGCUGCCACGCUCUGCAUUUCUCUCGUUAAACUUUGCGAGCGUCUCAUUGCCGACGCUGGUCUCGCGUAGAAAAAGUGCAAGCCCAAGUGAGUGAACUCAGUUAAACUGGCGGGGGCAAUCGCCUUCCCCAAAAGCCGCGAGCGCAGCAUGGAGGAGCUCCAGCACAACGGGGUCGUCCUCAUCAAGUAUGAACCGCGCUCGAGGUGCAGAUCGUGGGACGACGUAGGGCCCGCGACCAAGAUGGACGCAGUGGUGGCGAACGCCAGCGCCGCGAGCCCGAGCGGCGUCGGCGUCGCUGGCGGCGUGGCCGCGCCGUCAUCGACCAACUCUCGACACCACCAUCACCACCACCACCAUCACCACCACCAUCACGCGACGCUGGAGUCCGCGAGGUCCAACAAUUCCGCGCAGUCGGCGAGGAGCGACGACUCCUGGUGCUCGGCCUCGGACCACGACCUGUCGUCCGACGACGAGAGCGAGAAGAGCAAUAUCAGUAUUAAAAGCAACUGUCAGCUGAGGAGCACGCUGCACAAGGCGCGCACGUUCUGCGACAAGUGGCGAGCUCAGAACAUGCGCAUCAGCGUGACCGGUGCCGGCGGCGGUGGCAGCAGCAGCAGUAGCAGCAGUUCCGGCGCCACCGGCGGUGGUGGCAAGAGCAGCGGCAACAGCGCGAGUGCACAGACGGGUCCCCCGGGAGGCGACGCCAUCGACGCGGCAUCGGCGAGCAACUGCGGAGGCCAAGGCCGGGCGUUGUCCAGGUGGUUCAGCAUGCGGCGCGGCUCGGCAUACCAGUACGACGUCGACUCGUCCUCGGAGACCAACUCGCUUGCCAGCCCCAUGAAGGUGCCGCAGAUGCCGCAACUCUGCGAGGUCGAGGAGGAGAGCGGGGCGAUGCAGUUCCAAUGUGUGCAGCAACGCCGGCAAGCGCCACCAUCGUUGCCACCCGCGCCGCCCAACCUCAGCGCUCAGCAGCUGAAGCGACGACACAUCGUCGCUGCCAUCGUGCAGUCGGAGAACAGCUACGUUGCCACACUCCAAAGGCUCGUCAAUGAUUACAAAAAGGAACUUGAAGACUCAUCGCCGUCAAUACUCAGCCAAUCGAAAAUAGCCACCCUAUUCCAUCGUCUUCCUGAAAUUCUACAAUGUCACACGCUGUUCCGCAUCGCAUUGGCAGAGAGCGUGCGCUCAUGGGACAAGGACGAGAAGUUGGGCGACGUGUUCGUGGCGAGUUUCAGCAAAGCUGUUGUACUCGACAUCUACAGCGGUUUCAUCAACAACUUCUCCGUGGCCAUGGACCUCGCCAAGCAAGAAUCCAAGCGUAAAACUGCCCUAGCUGACUUUUUCAAGGUCAAGCAGAUUCAAGCGCACGAUAGACUGUCGUUUUUCGGUUUGAUGGUCAAGCCUGUGCAGAGGUUCCCGCAGUUUAUACUGUUCUUGCAAGACUUGCUGAAACACACACCGCAGGGGCAUCACGAUCGAAUGUCGCUGCAACUGGCUCUCACGCAGUUGGAAAGUUUGGCGGAGAUGCUGAACGAGAGGAAGAGAGAAGCGGAGCAAUUCCAAGCGUUCAAGGAUAUGUUACGUCACGUUUCCGGCAAACUAUCCCAUCGACCGCUCUCAUCGUCCUCUAGGUAUCUCAUCAGGGAGGACAAUGUCACGCAGCUCGAAUUUAAUCAAAACGGCAUGAUCACAAAAUCAAAAUCGCGAAGACUGUUGCUUCUCAAUGAUUUGGUAGUGUGCGUUUCGGUAACGCAAAGGUCGGCGGAAGACUUUUCUGGCAGCGAGCGACUGUCUUUAAAGUGGACGUAUCCGGUGUCGGACAUUGAGAUACAAGACACAAGCACGUCUCCCACGCUCAGUCGAUUAUUAACGGCGGGACUGAACAAAGGUGGCAGUUUGAAAUCGGACAGGAGUGGCGAGAGUGGACAAGCGGGAGCCGACAGCCUCUGCGCCGAGAUGAACGAUCUGAUGCACGACUAUGAAGUCAUGUCGAGGAUCAGUGACUUGGUUGCUCAGCUCAAGGGCUCUUACGAUGGAAUGACGCCGGAAGCGGUAAAGCAAACACUACAUGGUAUCCAAUCAUCGAUACAAGCGAAAGAUGAGGAGAUGGUCUGGGCGGACAGCUGCUGCCUGCAGCUGGUGACGAAGCAAGGACAGAUGUACACCUUCCAAACGGAGAACCCACUCGUGAAGAAAGACUGGAUAACGGAACUUAGAUUAGCGCAAUUAGCACUAGAUCCAAACAACUCGCCAUCAUGGGAAGUGCCAGAGCAAGAACAAAGGCCCUCCACGAAAAUGCCGCUCUUUGUCACUUCGCAACCCGUCUACCACUCGCAACAUCAGUCUGAAGUACGUUGCGGAUGUUACUACGUCACACAAAAUCCAAGACCAACGAGACGACGAGGUAGACAUCAGAGCUACUUGUGGAUUUGCACCGACGACGGCGUAUCCACGCAUGUCACAGUGUUCGGACAAUCUACAACAGCCACUGCAACGUCUCUCAAGCAGAUAACGUCAUUCGAUCUCGUGGAAACGCGCGUCGCAGCUGCCGAAUUCGUUAAAGGUAUUGGUAACGAGCACUCGAGUUUGGCUGGCGACCUCGUCUGGAUGGGCACUGAUUCGCGUAAAGUCAUCGUCUACACGGCAGCCGAACCCGAGAAACAAGAAGAGCUAGGCAGCUAUCCAGUUUCCGGACCAGUCAUCCAAAUCAAGUACUACUACGACAAUGUGUUUGUUGCGCUGGGCACGGGCUCGUUGCUCAUGUUUAAACGACAGUACGAUAGCACGUGGAACUUAAAGGAUCCGAUGGUCAUCUCGCUUGGCAACUAUGCAGUUUCAUGCCUCAUGCCCAUUAAUUCGUCGGUGUACGUAGCCUGCGGCAAGAAAGUUUGGGUGUUGAAUGCCAUUACUGGUGAAAAUACCAAGAGCUUUAGUGCUCAACACGAACACGUAGGCAACGUUAAGCUCAUGGCCCACUCGGGUGUUGGCCUUUGGGUAGCUCUCAAGAACUCGAGCACCGUUUGUCUCUACCACACAGAAACUUUCAAGCACCUACAGGACAUCAAUAUUGCUUCAAACGUGCUUCGGAUAAUAAAGUCCGGUGGCUGCAUUAACAACAGCAACAGCGGUGACUCUCUCAACAACAACCAGUCGGCUGUGACGGUAACCUCGUUGAUGGCUUGCAAGGGCUUGUUAUGGGUUGGUACGAAUGUCGGCAUCAGCUUGACUAUUCCACUGCCGCGUUUAGAGGGUGUGCCGAUUAUCAGUGGCAGAGUUAAUAUCUCCUAUCAUGCUCACUUUGGUCCGGUCACAUUCCUACUCGCCAUACAGAACAGCAAAAGCAGUGCAGGCCUAUCAAAAGAAGAAGAGCCUGAGGAAGAACAAGUGCAGCUGAGAAAUAAAGAUCCGGAUCAGAACGGACAGGCUCAAAAGUCACGCGGUGAUCGGGCGAGUCUCGAUGCUUCGUCGGCUUCCAGCAUGUCGGCGAAUAUGCUCAAGUUUAAACAGCAACUUACCAAUAGUCCUGUAAUGUUAAGGCGUAAGCGAAGUAAGGAAAACGAGUAUAGAGGAUCGAAGACUUUACCUCGUGGAUUGGGUUGCGGAGGUGGUUUCCUCUCGAGCUCUAUGUCGAGCUCCCAAAGUUCAGGAGAGAACUGCGACGUAUACGGCCUAUACGGUGAACUCAUGUACGUAAAGGAUUAUGAGAACGAGAGCGGUACCGUCGUCGAUCCAGUCUACGAAACACUGAGGCGCAGUGACCCUGAACUCGCUCUACCAAACAAAGUCAGUACCCUCGAUCGCCGACUGAAAAUGAAAAUCACGAGGCCGCGAUCACUAGACCUAUCGAACUGGUCUGUCGACUCGCAUGCCAGCUCACUCUACACGUCGUCGGGCUCCGAAGAAAAUCUGUCUUUGAAAACCGGCAAGCUUUCUCGUAAUAGUAGCACCGCCAGUCGAAAUGGUCCACAACACGAACAUCUGGUCGUCACAAACAACGUUAACAAUACCUCUGCGAACAUCCAGGAGAACAGGACAAUGAAUAAACAAAAGCAGGCAAAUAAAAAGGGCAACAAAUCGCAGAUAGAUCAACCAAGGCGAACCGUGCUGACGUUGAUGGGUGGCCGAGGCUACGUGAAUUGGAGGCACGUAGGGGCACAGAAGGAGGAUAAAAAUCAAAAAUCGACGUACGCCUUCAAAGAUCCUAACAGUAAUGAUGCACACAUCGUACUUUGGGAAAUGAAAUUAUGAUACCGAAUCAAAGUAGGCCUACUUUACUGGUACCAAAAAGAGGCAUUAUUUACUUUCCUAAUGAUAUAAGUGCUAUAAUAGUGUUAAUGGACCAAAUAAUCGAAACGCGCAGUCGAAUCCACAAACGUUUUUUCCUCCCUUCCUUCGUUUAUCAAACUUUGUUAUUAUUAUUUUAUAAUCAUGCUCUGGCUACGUGUACUAUAAUUUAAUUUUUUUCGGAGGUACUGCUUGGGAGUACCGACGGUUGCUUAGUCAUCAUUGAGGAAAAAAACACGGAUAACGGAUAAAAAUGGAAGUAGAUCGUUGUAGUUUGUAUACAUAGUAAAUAUCGAGAAAACAUUUUCAAUAAAGCACUGAAUACGUUAUAAACAAUAUUAUUGAAGUUAAUAUUGGUAUUUUUUGAAUUUGGUGCUUAAGUUGAAUAAACCGCACAGCUUUUCAUUUUUAACCUUUAUGAGUUUGAUUGCAGAUUUCUGCAAUUGGAAAAAUUGUUUUUUUUUUUUUUUUGAACGAAAUUUAUUUACAUUGAUAAUGCUAAUUUUAACUUGUGGUAUAUAUAGUUGAGUUGAUCCUCAGCCUUCUGAAGUUGUUUGAUAUAGUGAAUCUCUAUGUUUUUAUAAGUGAUAGUGAAAUGUAAAGAACACUCUUAAAGCGUUAUGCUGUUAUAAUUAUCAAUUGUAUAAACCAAAUUAGUUUUCUUGGUUUCGACAGUGUGCAUCUUGCUCGAUCGUUGACAAUGAUGCCAAUAGAACAUUUAUUUAGAAAGCGACAUAGUUCUUCCAUCUUUUGUAUACUGUAACAUUUAUUAUUGUAUAAAUCGUGAUUUACAGACAAUAUAUUUUAAUAUCUAUUACUCGCACGGAAAAAGUAUACAUAUAUUAUAUACGUUAUACUGCUGUACGUUUUAUAAAUUUUUCAAUUAUUUACUACUUUUUUAAAAUAAAUUAUAAAUAUUUGAUCAAAAUUUUUAUUAUUAUCAAACAGUGUAACGCGCUUGC